AUGCAGGUAGAUGAUCCUGCUGCUGCCGUCGAGCAGCUAAAGAACGCCGAUGGCGAGAUCGACGAGUCUCUGUACAGCAGACAGCUGUACGUGCUAGGCCAUGAGGCCAUGAAGCGUAUGGGCCAGUCCCAUGUUCUCGUAGCUGGUCUCCGAGGUCUCGGUGUCGAAAUCGCGAAGAACAUUGCCCUCGCUGGUGUCAAGUCGUUGACGCUAUACGACCCUAAGCCCGCCGCUCUCGCCGAUUUGUCGUCGCAAUUCUUCCUCCACCCCGAAGACGUCGGCAAGCCCCGUGCCUCCGUCACCGUACCCCGCGUUUCGGAGCUCAACCCAUACACACCGGUGCAGGAGUUCACAGGGCGCGAUCUGACGUCAGAUUUGUCGCAGCUGAAGCAGUUCCAGGUCGUCGUUUUGACGGAUACCCCACUUGACGACCAGAUCAAGAUCGCCGAUUACUGUCACGACAAUGGCAUCUACGUCGUUAUCUCGGACACGUACGGUCUCUUUGGUACCAUAUUCACCGAUUUCGGCAAGAACUUCACUGUAGGUGACGCUACCGGCGAAAACGUCAACAGCGGCAUCAUCGCAGGAAUUGACUCAGAGGGCCUGGUGUCUGCGCUGGACGAGACUCGACACGGUCUAGAAGAUGGUGACUGGGUCACCUUUACUGAGGUUGAAGGCAUGACUGGAUUGAACGGCUGUGAGCCUCGCAAGAUUGAAGUGAAGGGCCCAUACACUUUCUCCAUCGGCGACGUAUCUGGAUUGGGCGAAUACAAAAAGGGUGGUCAGUAUGUUCAGGUCAAGAUGCCGAAGAUCCUAAACUUCGAGCCGUUCAGCCAGCAGUUGAAGAAGCCCGAGCUUUUGAUAUCGGAUUUCGCCAAAUUUGACAGACCGCAGCAGCUUCACGUGGGUAUACAGGCUCUCCACGAGUUUGCGAACAAGCACAAAGGAGAGUUUCCCCGGCCACACAAUGAUAGCGAUGCCUCAGAGGUCCUCCAGAUUGCACAAGGACUUGCCGGUCAAGGAGAGGACAAGGUCGAGCUUGAUGAGAAGUUGAUCAAGGAAUUGAGCUACCAGGCGCGCGGUGAUCUCAGCCCGGUCGCGGCUUUCUUCGGAGGUCUGGCCGCUCAGGAAGUGCUCAAGUCAGUCUCCGGCAAAUUCCACCCUAUCGUGCAGUUCCUCUACUUCGAUUCGCUGGAGUCACUGCCUACGUCAACCUCCCGCUCGGAAGAGCAGUGCGCUCCGAUUGGCUCACGAUAUGACGGUCAGAUCGCGGUUCUCGGAAAGGAGUAUCAAGAGAAGCUGGGCAAUGUCAAAGAGUUCCUCGUCGGUGCUGGUGCGAUUGGCUGCGAAAUGUUGAAGAACUGGGCUAUGAUGGGUCUGGGUGCAGGACCGAAGGGCCAAAUCUGGGUCACCGACAAUGACCAGAUCGAGAAGAGCAAUCUUAACCGACAAUUCCUAUUCCGCCCGGCAGACGUUGGCAAACUCAAGAGCGAUGCUGCGGCGAAGGCCGUGCAAGCCAUGAACCCUGACCUGAACGGCAAGAUCGUGGCUAUGCAAGACAAGGUUGGGCCGGAAACAGAGCACAUCUUCAAUGAGAAGUUCUGGGAGGGCCUCGAUGCGGUUACGAACGCACUAGACAAUGUCGAAGCGCGUACCUACGUUGACCGCCGCUGUGUCUUCUUCCGCAAGUCAUUGCUCGACUCCGGUACUCUUGGAACUAAGGGCAACACCCAAGUUGUCAUUCCACACAUCACAGAGUCCUACUCCUCGUCACAAGACCCGCCCGAGAAGUCGUUCCCAAUGUGCACGCUGAGGAGUUUCCCGAACCGGAUCGAGCACACUAUUGCCUGGGCGCGUGAAAUGUUCGACACCUUCUUCGUCAAGGGUCCAGAGGUUGUGAACCUCUACCUUACCCAGCCUGACUAUCUUGGUGCGUCAUUAAAGCAGUCCGGCAAUGAAAAGCAGACGCUAGAAACUCUCCGUGACUACCUAGUGACGGAGAAGCCUUUGACAUUUGACGACUGUAUAAUUUGGGCUCGCCAGCAAUUUGAGAAGAGCUACAAUCAAGCAAUUCAGCAACUGCUGUACAACUUUCCUAAGGAUUCCACAACCGGCUCCGGCCAGCCCUUCUGGUCAGGGCCAAAGCGCGCUCCAGAUGCCCUCAAGUUUGACUCCUCCAACCCUACCCACUUCACGUUUGUGGAAGCGGCGGCCAUCCUUCACGCGUUCAACUACGGCAUCAAUCCCAAGGGUAUCACCAAGGAGCACUACCUGGAGGUUUUGAACGAUAUGAUCGUUCCAGACUGGAAGCCAGAUCCAACCGUGAAGAUCCAGGCAAACGACUCAGACCCCGACCCGAAUGCUCAACAGGCAGCUCCCAUGGACGACAACGAUAUCCUAAACAAGCUGGUUUCAUCGCUGCCGGCGCCAAAGUCGAUGGCCGGGUUCAAGCUCGAGCCUGUGGAAUUUGAGAAGGACGAUGACACAAACCACCACAUCGACUUUAUCACAGCCGCUAGCAAUCUCCGCGCCGAGAACUACAAGAUUGAGCAGGCGGACAGGCACAAGACGAAGUUCAUCGCUGGCAAGAUCAUUCCUGCCAUCGCAACGACCACCGCGCUUGUCACUGGCUUGGUGAACCUGGAGCUGUACAAGAUCCUCGACGGUAAGACAGACAUCGAGCAGUACAAGAACGGUUUCGUCAACCUCGCCCUUCCCUUCUUCGGCUUCAGCGAGCCGAUAGCGAGCCCCAAGGGUGAGUACACCGGCCACAACAACGAAAAGGUACAGAUCGAUAAGCUGUGGGACCGCUUCGAGGUGGACGACAUCACGCUGCAAGAGUUCAUCGACCACUUCGAGAAGAAGGGUCUCAACAUCCAGAUGGUCAGCUCCGGCGUUAGCUUGCUGUACGCGUCGUUCUACCCGCCAGCGAAGCUGAAGGACAGGAUGGGUCUUACUAUGAGCAAAUUGGUCGAGUUUAUUAGCAAGAAACCCGUGCCUGAGCACCAGAAGAACGUCAUCUUUGAGGUCACGGCCGAGGAUCAGACCGAGGAGGACGUCGAGAUUCCGUAUGUCAUGGUUAAGCUGCAGAAAUAG